AUGUCGAUAAUUCCGAGCUUUUUCGGCCGCCGAUCGAACGUGUACGAUCCAUUCUCACUGGAAGCCUGGGAUCCAUUUGAAGGCUGGCCACUAAACACAGGUUUCCCGCAACUAUCGGGCAAUUUACGAUCCAACUUCCCAUCGUCUUCUAAUUCCGAGACCGCAUCAUUUGCCCAUGCUAUGAUUGACUGGAAAGAGACCCCCAACGCUCACGUUUUCAAGGCCGACGUGCCGGGGCUGCGGAAGGAGGAGGUGAAGGUGGAGCUUGAAGACGAUCGGAUUCUUCUGAUAAGUGGAGAGAGGAAGAGAGAGAUGGAGGAUAAGGGCGAUACAUGGCAUAGGAUUGAGAGGAGUAGCGGGACUUUCAUGAGGAGGUUCAGGCUGCCGGAGAAUGCGAAUGUGGAUCAGGUGAAGGCAAACAUGGAGAAUGGGGUUUUGACUGUAAUUUUACCAAAAGCGGAAGCCAAGAAGCCUGACGUGAAAUCAAUUAAGAUUUCUGGUUGA